CCCAUUUUCUACUACAGCUGGAAACUUUCAACUCUGGUCCCUCUCUAACCUACUAUCUAUAUUCUGUCUCCACCUAUCCAUUCACAUAUAUACGCGUAGGUGUUCACCUUUGACCCUGUUUUCAUGCACUAUCUUGCCUCACAUAUGUGUAUGAACGCAUUAUUGAAACAUAAAUCUGUCGUUUUUUCAAAAAAAAACAAAAAGAUAUUUCUGCCUGUUUAUAUCUGGAGUUAUGGCUCUCCAAUUGAUGCCGUCCUGUUAAUUUGCUGUUGUUUGCUGUUUAGCACAAACUUUUGUUUCUUGUUUUCCACCUGUUAAUUUGCUAUCGGAAGGGCGUUUUCUGCUGACGAGAAAUAUGGGUUUCUCUCAAUUUCUCUCUCUUAGAGCUCAGAUUAUCUCAGAGGUGUCAUCUUUUCCUUCCCUUUAUACUUCUCUUUAAUGAGUUUUUUAUUUUUUAUCCUAUUGGUGCAGAAAUAUUCGUAAUUUUGCUAGUUUAUAUAAUAUUAUUUGAACUUAUAGCUGCAAUUUUUAUCUGGUUUCGCGAUAUGGGUUAUCGAGAUUUGAGAUUUUCAAUCUGGGUGGUGUUCGUGUUGUGUUUGGUGUGCUUUUCUGUUGGAUUUGAUCCUGUUGAUAAGUACCAUGUAAGUUGCGGAUCCUCUAGUGAUGUUACUGUGGGUAAUACCAUUUAUGUAGCUGAUAAAUCUGCUUCCAAAUUCCUGUCAACCCCACAAGAUGUAUUGGCUGAUAGCAAUUUGAAUAGCAUCACAUCGUCCGAGGAUUCACGGCUUUUUCGAACUGCUAGAAUAUUUACAGGACCAUCAAAGUAUACGUUUUCGAUUAGCCAGAAAGGGAGGCACUGGAUCCGACUAUACUUUUAUCCAUUUGUUUAUCAGAAUUAUGAUAUGAAGUCGGCUAGAUUCUCUGUUUUCGCCCAAACAACUGUACUAGCUAGUGAUUUCAGUCCUAAGAAUGUUACGGUUAAAGAAUUUUCAGUCAAUGUAACAUCUGGAGAUCUUGUAAUCACCUUUUCCCCUUCAAGUAAUUCGUUUGCAUAUAUUAAUGCUCUGGAAGUUGUCUCGGUACCUGAUUCCCUCAUCGUGGACGAUGCCUCUCUUUUCAAUCCAUCGGGGGCAUUUAAUGGCCUGGUGAAUCAGGCUCUUGAGACAGUUGCAAGGGUAAAUAUGGGUGGACCAUUUGUUUCAUUAGAGAAUGACACGUUGGGGAGAACAUGGGUGUCUGACCGAGGAUUCUUGCUAAGACCAAACCUUGCCACAAAUGCAUCUAAGAUUUCAGCUGUUAAGUAUCCUGAAGGGGGUCCAACACCGGAUAUUGCUCCACCGACUGUGUAUGGAACUUGCACAAAGAUGAACUCCGAAAGUGAUCAAAAUAGCAAUUUCAAUGUGACAUGGGGAUUCAUUGUGGAUCCGGGCUUUCAAUACUUGAUCCGAAUGCACUUUUGCGACAUAGUGAGUGCAGCUGCUAAUCAACUUCUUUUUAAUGUUUAUAUUGAUUCAUUCCUUGUAGCUCAGGAUCUUGAACUAAGUGCAAAAAGUGAUGGCCAGUUGGCCACUGCAUAUUAUAUGGACUUAGUCACCACAUCAUUUCAUAAAAGUAACCUUACUUUAAGUAUUGGCCCCUCUCCUCGGAGUGCUUACCCUGAUGCCCUUUUAAAUGGAUUGGAGAUUAUGAAAAUGAACAAUUCUCGAGGUAGCCUUGGUGGGGCAGCCAUUCUACCAACAUUUCCAGGCUCCAAGAAGAAUUUGGGAGUGAUUGUGGGUGUGAGCGUUGGUGUCCUACUUGCUUUCGUGAUGAUUGGCUUACUAUUUAUCAUGCACAGAAGAAGAAAACUAAAGCGCCUUCGCCGUUCAAGAACCUGGGUUCCUAUAUCCAUCAAUGGAGAAACUACCAUGGGUAGCAAAUACUCAAAUGGAACUACUGUUAGUAUUGGUUCUAGCAUGAGCUAUCGCAUUCCUUUUAUUGCAGUUCAAGAAGCAACAAACAACUUUGAUGAGAGUUGGGUAAUUGGAAUUGGUGGCUUUGGGAAGGUUUACAAGGGGAUUUUAAAUGAUGGUACAAAAGUAGCUGUUAAGAGAGGCAAUGGCCGAUCCCAACAAGGUCUAGCAGAGUUCAGAACUGAAAUUGAGAUGCUUUCACAAUUCCGGCACCGUCACUUGGUUUCAUUAAUUGGUUACUGUGACGAAAAGAACGAGAUGAUUCUAGUUUAUGAAUACAUGGAAAACGGGACCCUCAAAAGCCAUCUAUACGGUUCAAAUCUUCCCAAUUUGAGUUGGAAGCAAAGGCUUGAGAUAUGCAUUGGAUCAGCACGGGGACUGCACUACCUUCACACAGGCGACUCCAAAGCAGUUAUUCAUCGUGAUGUGAAGUCUGCAAACAUCUUGCUCGAUGGGAAUCUUAUGGCGAAGGUUGCUGACUUUGGACUUUCUAAGACAGGGCCUGAGCUUGAUCAAACCCAUGUUAGUACAGCAGUUAAAGGGAGUUUCGGGUACCUGGAUCCUGAGUAUUUCAGAAGGCAACAACUAACAGAAAAAUCAGAUGUUUACUCAUAUGGAGUUGUUUUGUUGGAAGUUCUUUGUGCAAGGCCCGUAAUAGAUCCUUCUCUUCCAAGGGAAAUGGUUAACUUAGCUGAAUGGGCAAUGAAGUGGCAGAAGAAAGGACAGCUAGAUCAAAUCAUAGACCCUAACCUCGUGGGGAAAAUAAAACCAGAUUCCCUUAGGAAGUUUGGAGAAACUGCAGAGAAAUGCUUGGCUGAUUUCGGGGUGGACAGGCCAUCCAUGGGGGAUGUGUUGUGGAAUCUUGAGUACGCUCUUCAACUUCAAGAGGCAACAGUUCACAAUGAUCCCGAAGAGAACAGUACCAAUGUCAUUGGGCAGCUCUCCCCACAAGUCAGUGAAUUCAAUCAUGUUGAUGCCAGCCCUUCUGUUGCCAAGUUUGAAACCUCAAGUGCCGAUGAUCUUUCGGGUGUUUCAGUUAGUCGAGUUUUCUCACAACUGGUGAAGUCCGAGGGUCGAUGACUGCUGUCAUUGAUUAGUUUUCUCUACAAGUCGGUGAAUUAAAUCGUGUAGACACUCUCUUCAGCUGCUGAGUUUGGAAUGUUGAGUGUGGAUAAUCUUGCAGGUGUUCCAAUGACUCGAGUUUUUUUAACUGAUAAAAUUCAAGGGUAGAUGACUGAAUGCAGAAAACUACCAUUUUUGGCGUGUUUCUGCUGGUCAAAUUUGAAACAUCGAAGGGUGAUUAUCUUUCAUUUAGCAAUCAAUCAUUUGAAGGUUGGAUUUUUUCCAUAGUUAUCCUGCCAAAUCUAAAUUUAUGGAAACUUUCGUUGAGCUGUCUUUCACUUUUAGCUAUGUGUUUUUACUAUGUGUGCUUAUUGCAUUCAUAUUCUUUGACAGAAUGGCUCAUAUUUAGUGUUGGAUGCCUUUGUUCUCGAUAUAAUGAGUUCUUUUGUUUCUAGAUGACUAGCUUCUGCCUAGUUUUAUAUUGAGUAGUAAUGAUACAUUGUAAUGGUUUUACUA